AGCUUCUAGGCGUAGGCUUUGUUGUAUCAACUCCACCGCAUUGCUGUCCUUUGCUCUAAGGUACUCUUUUUGGUCUCCCCUCUAUUCUGGACUCUUUUUAAGCUUCUUACCUAUCCUCGAACGGUCUUGAGGUGUGCAGACAGGCGGCGAAGCCACCGCAAUGGCUUCGCGACUCGUGCUCUGCCUAGGAGACCUCUUCAUCCCAGACAGAGCUGCAGAUAUACCAGCCAAGUUCAAAAAACUCCUUGCGCCUGGCAAAAUCGGCCAAAUCCUCUGUCUAGGCAACAUCACCGACAAAGACACGUUCGAAUUCCUACGCGGCAUAGCACCAGACCUACAAAUCGUCAAAGGCGACUUUGACGUCGAAGCUCCGAACCUCGCUCUCUCCAAAGUUGUCACACAUGGCUCGCUACGUAUAGGUUUCACACACGGGCACACGAUAAUCCCGCCUGGUGAUGGCGAUAGCUUGCUGAUAGCCGCGCGGCAGAUGGAUGUGGAUAUCCUGCUAUGGGGUGGCACGCACAAAUUCGAGGCAUAUGAAAUGGAGGGCAAGUUCUUUGUGAAUCCGGGGAGUGCCACGGGGGCUAUGACCACCGGGUGGUGGACUGAAGAUGAAGACCCGACACCUAGCUUUGUGUUGAUGGAUGUUCAAGGCGAUGUCCUCGUGCUGUACGUGUACCAGCUAAGAAAGGAUGCGAAUGGCGUCGAGAAUGUUGCGGUGGAGAAGGUCUCAUUUCGGAAAAACGGCGGCGGUGUAUCAUAGAGAGGUGCCGUUCGCAGUUGGCCACCAUGCAUGCUACGAAUGUCACUCAAGGGAACGGACAAACUCCUUCCCCCGCAAUUAGGCAUCAAUCAACCCCGUCCAUGUGAUGCUAGCAUACUUGCAC